AUGGGAAUGGGCCAUUUCCUCCCACUAGCAGAGUUUGCAAAGAGGCUUUGCACGUUUGAUGGCUUCUCCAUCACCUUCAUUAUUAGCAAGUGGAUGUGGGGAUCUCAGCAACCCACACUGGUACAACGAUUGGCCUCUUCCGCUCUGGACAUCCACUUUACAGAAAUCCCUGACGUUACUGUAGAUGAAGAUGAGCAACACAUGAGAGGUGAAACAAUCCUUUCAAAGUACGUUCUGAAAGCAAAGCCACACAUCCAAGAGCUUCUACAAUCGUUGCAUUCGUCUUCGCCCAUCUCUGCCUUCAUUACAGAUUUUUUCUGUACCGACCUGCUCGACGUUAGCGCCAGGCUUAACAUGCCUUCUUAUUUAUUUUAUCCAACUUCUGCUUCUUUCGUUUGCUUUAUGUUUCAUCUUCCAAAGCUCGUCUCUGAGAUUGAGGUUUGGUUCAAGGAGGCUGAUUUUGAUGUGGAGAUUGCGGGGCUUCCGCUGAUUUCGGCCACGGAUCUGCCGACUGCCGUCCAGGACAGGUCGAAUUCUGCGUUUUAUUGGUUUGUUCACCAUGCCUCCCACUUCAAGGAAGCAUCAGGGAUUCUCAUUAACACUUUUGCUGAGCUGGAGGAAGAAGCCAUCAAAGCCCUUAGCGCGGCAGCAAAUCCGUCUAUCUAUCCAAUAGGUCCCUUGAUUUUUCCAGUUUCUGAUGCUCCGGACGAGUCAAGGUGCUUGGAAUGGCUAGCUGAGCAACCUCCGUCGUCCGUUCUGUUUGUGUCCUUCGGAAGUCUAGCCGUUUUGUCGAGCGACCAAAUUACAGAUCUGGCGAUUGGACUCGAAGCCAGCGGCCACCGGUUCCUCUGGGUUCUACGCGCGUACAAGUCUGGGGGCUCUUCUUCUCUGGAAAAUGACAUUUCUAAGCUUUUACCAGAGGGUUUUGAGAUUCGAACCAGGGACCGCGGGCUGGUGCUUCUUAACUGGGCUCCUCAAGUACGGAUUCUUUCGCACCCGUCUACAGGAGGCUUCCUUUCACAUUGUGGAUGGAAUUCUACGCUGGAGAGCGUCUGGCAUGGAAUUCCCAUGAUCGCUUGGCCUCAGGCUGCCGAACAGAGGAUGAACAAGGUCAUAUUGGUGAAGCAGAUUCAGGGAGGCAUAGAAUUGAGGAUAGAAAGCAAUGGAUUUGUGAGGAGAGAAGAAGUGGAAAGAGCAGUGAGGGAAUUGAUGGAAGGAGAGGAAGGAUCAAAGGCUAGGCAGAAAAUGAAAGAACUGAAGGACAAGGCCAAGAUUGCUUUGAUGGAAGGAGGGAGUACAAUGAAGGCCACAGCCGAUGCAGCCACGCAUUUAUCACACAAGCCAGGCUUGACUCCUUAG